GUGGGAAAUGUAGUGUCGCCCUCUAUGAUGUCACAGGGCACCACUCUGAAAACCGCGUUUCCGCUUUUGAUAUGCACACGUGCAUCUUCCCCAAAGUUGGGCAAGAAACGAAUCGUGCGCAAUACUCGGUUUGCAUCUCUGACAUGGAGAAACUGCUCUCAUUCAGAGAUGUGGCCGUUGAUUUCUCUCCAGAAGAGCGUGAAUGCCUCCAGCCUGCUCAGUGGAGUCUGUACAGGGACGUGAUGUUGGAGAAUUACAGCCACCUUGCGUUCCUGGGUCUUGCUUUCUCUAAGCCAUACCUGGUCACAUUUCUGGAGCAAAGACAAGAGCCUCGAAGUGUGAAGACACAGGCAAGUGUAGGCACAAAGCCAGGAUCAAAACCCCAUAAAUGUAAAGAAUGUGGGAAGGGCUUUGACUGGAAGUCACAGCUUGUUCAACACCAGAGAAUUCACUCAGAAGAGAAACCCUACAUAUGUAAAGAAUGUGGCAAAGCUUUUAAGACUUCAUCAUAUCUGCGUAAGCAUCAAAGAUUCCAUACAGGAGAGAAGCCCUACAAAUGUGAAGAAUGUGACAAAGCUUAUACUACGUCGUCAGACCUUACUGUUCAUCGCAGAGUGCAUACUGGAGAGAAACCCUACAAAUGUGAAGAAUGUGGCAAGGCCUUUAAGAUUCGAGUAGCGCUCUCUACACAUCAAAGAAUCCAUACUGGAGAGAAACCUUAUAAAUGUGGAGAAUGUGGAAAGACCUUUAGUGCUCCCCAAGCACUCUCUAAACACCAGAGAAUUCAUACUGGGGAGAAGCCUUACAAAUGUGAAGAGUGUGGCAUGGCCUUUAAUGUUCGCUGCAUUCUUUCUAAGCACCAGAGGAUCCACACUGGAGAGAAACCCUACAAAUGUAAAGAGUGUGGUAAAGCUUUUAGCAGUUCUUCCAACCUUCACCAACACCAUCAAAUCCAUAGGGGAGAGAAGCUCUAUAAAUGUGGUGACUGUGGGCAGGCUUUUACCUGUUCCUCUUAUCUGCAUAAGCAUCAGCAAAUCCAUACUGGCAUAAAACCCUACAAGUGCAAGGAAUGCGGCAAGGCCUUUUACUGUUCUGUAAACCUUACUUACCACCAGAGAGUUCAUACUGGAGAGAAACCAUAUAAGUGUGAUGAGUGUGGGAAAGCCUUUAGCAUUUAUUCAUCCUAUAUGAAGCACCAGAGGAUUCAUACUGGAGAAAAACCCUAUAAGUGCAAUGAAUGUGAGAAAGCCUUUAAUAACUGUCAUAGUCUAACUCAACACCAAAGAACUCAUACUGGAGAGAAACCCUACAAAUGCAAACACUGUGGCAAAGCCUUCACUUCUUCUCCAGGCCUCAGUCAGCAUGAAAGAAUUCACACUGGAGAGAAACCCUACAAGUGUGACGAAUGUGGCAAGGCCUUUAAUUCUUCCUCAAGCCUUAAACAGCAUUGCAGACUCCAUAUUGCAAAGAAGUUGUACAAAUGUGAACAGUGUGACAAAGUCUUUAAAAACUGCUCAGGCUUUACUAUACACAACAGAAUUCAUAGUAGAGAAAAAUUAAAAUUAGUAAAAGCAUCAUCUCAAAGCCUUCAAUAAUGUUCAUCUAUAGUUCAAUACUAUAACUCAAUACA